AUGAAAACAUCAGGAGGGAAUAAUCACUCUGACCCUGUGAGUGAAUUCAUCCUCCUUGGAUUCCCCUGUUCCUGGGAGACUCAGGCCCUCCUCUUCUCACUCUUCUCUGUGAUCUAUGUCCUGACACUAACCGGAAACCUGAGCAUUAUCUGUGCAGUGAGUUGGGAUGACCACCUCCACACCCCCAUGUAUAUCCUGCUGGCCAAUUUCUCCUUCCUGGAGAUCUGCUAUGUCACUUCUACAGUCCCCAACAUGCUGGCCAACUUUCUCUCUGGGACCAAGACCAUCUCGUUCUCUGGUUGCUUCCUCCAGUUUUACUUCUUCUUCUCCAUGGGCACCACUGAGACCUUCUUCUUGUCCACCAUGGCCUUUGACAGAUAUUUUGCUAUCUGCAGGCCCCUUCACUACCCCACUGUCAUGACAGUUCAGUGCUGCAUCAGAAUGGGAGCCUGCUGCUGGGUGUGUGGCUUCUCCUGUUUUCUCCUCCCAGUUUACCUCAUCUCCCAGCUUCCUUUCUGUGGCCCCAAUACUAUUGAUCACUUUUUAUGUGACCCAGGACCCCUUCUCGAAUUGUCCUGUGUGCCAGCUCCUGCCACUGAGAUCACCUGUGCCAUCAUCAACUCAGUCCUGAUUUUCUCCACCUUCCUCUUCAUUAGCAGCUCCUACGCCCUGGUGAUCAGGGCUGUUCUGAGAGUCCCCUCAGCAGAAGGCCGGCGUAAAGCCUUUUCUACAUGUGGCUCCCACCUGGCUGUGGUGUCUCUGUUCUACGGCUCCAUCAUGGUGAUGUAUGUGAGCCCAACAGCAGGCAACCCAGCAGGGAUCCAGAGAACUGUGACUCUGUUUUAUUCCAUGAUGACUCCACUUUUCAAUCCCUUGAUUUACAGCCUCCGGAACAAGGAGAUGAAGGAGGCCCUAAGAAAACUGUUGAGGACUGUGAGCUCUGGUCAGAGACAGCCUCUCAAGAGCUAG